GAUGCGUUCUUCGCACCAUUUAUUAGAUAGUAAGGCGUUUUCACUGGGCAACACCCAAAUAUAAUAGCAACACAUAUUAGAUGUCGUUUCUUUCCCAGUCGGUUCUGCGCGUGCGCUGUAACGUGGCCGAAGGUUAUAUAUAGAGCUCAUCAAACUGGCUAGACUUGACUGUUCUCGGAACGGCUAGCACUGCCUAGCAUAGCAAGAGUCGAAGUUGACACGGGCACUUGGAGCUAAAAUGGUCUCAGUGUGAAAGUUAUAUGUACUGCCUAAAAGCGCCAGCGUGGAACCGUGAAGUUUUGUUCCGGAAAAGAAAAAAGAGUAAUGCUAAUCGGGGUCGUAUCGACGCGUUUUCGUUAGCCCGCUUCCGCUAACUAAUAAGGAGAGAGGCUAACCGGAAUUCAGAGACGGCUGGUGAGCAGACUGAUACUAAGUUUAAAGGAGAAUCCUCCUAGCACGAUGGAUGGUUCCUCUGAACCUGCUUCUGACCGAAUUUUGCUAGAACCGUACAAGUACUUGUUGCAGCUGCCAGGAAAACAAGUAAGGACGAAACUCUCCCAGGCAUUUAACCACUGGCUUAAUGUACCAGAAGACAAACUGCAGGUGAUCAUCGAGGUGACAGAGAUGCUGCACAACGCCAGCCUGCUGAUAGACGACAUUGAGGACAACUCUAAGCUGCGCCGAGGUUUCCCUGUGGCGCACAGCAUCUACGGCAUCCCCUCGGUUAUCAACUCGGCCAACUACGUCUACUUCCUGGGUCUGGAGAAAGUGCUGCUCCUAGAGCACCCCGAAGCCGUCCGAGUGUUUACCCGUCAGCUGCUGGAGCUGCACCGCGGCCAGGGGCUGGAUAUCCACUGGAGGGACACCUACACCUGCCCCACUGAGGAGGAGUACCGCAACAUGGUGCUGCAGAAGACCGGGGGCCUGUUCGGCCUGGCUGUGGGCCUGAUGCAGCUUUUCUCUGACUGGAAACAGGACCUCAAACCGCUCCUGGACACACUGGGCCUUUUUUUCCAGAUCCGGGACGACUACGCCAACCUGAGCUCCCAUGAAUACUGCGAGAACAAGAGUUACUGCGAGGACCUGACUGAGGGCAAGUUCUCUUUUCCCACAAUCCAUGCCAUAUGGUCGCGUCCAGAAAGCACCCAGGUGCAGAACAUCCUGAGGCAGCGCACAGAGAACAUGGACAUUAAAAGAUACUGUGUGGACUACCUGGAGAAGGUGGGCUCCUUUGCCUACACCCGUCAGACACUGCGGGAUCUGGAGGCCGAGGCCUACCGCCUUAUUAGGGAGUUUGGGGGGAACCCUCAGCUGGAGAGCCUGGUCAAACAGCUCAGUCGAAUGCAUAAUGAAGCAGAAGCCUCAGCAGACUGCAGCAGAGAGCCUUACUCCAGCCCAAACCACUGACCCCUCCCUCCAAAUAACUCCCUUAAAUUCACCAAUGCACAUACUCUCCAAACUAACCCUGGUUCCAAUGAGCAAAGGAGCUUCUUUCUGGGCUAAAUAGUGGCCAGAAAUAGCAUCCAGGGCCAAUUCUUCCAUCCUUUGUGCUGCGAUGCUCUCAGGAAUAAAAACUACAGUCAGCUGUUGCUUUAUCACUUGAUGAGAUUAUUUAAACAAUCUUAAGCCUUUUCUUCUGAUGCACACUCCAGUGGAUCUAAGUGCUUUUUUUUUGUUCCAGCUAAGACUGUUAAUUGUGUGAAUGUUGUUUUGAGUAAAAUCUCGAACUAAAUCCGUAUCCAUCUGAUUUUAGGUUCCAUAAUGACUAAAUCAGCAGGGUGCCAAUCCUGCAGAAAAACAACUCUGCAACUGUUGAGUCUGAUUGCUUUGUAACAACACUGGCAUUACGUGCUCAGUAGUGAGGUUUCAUGUUCCCGACUGUUUCCAUUCAGUCGUCUAACAGCACAAAUCCACACUGUUACUGUGAGACAUGUAUGUAUUAACACUGCUGUAAUCUAGGUUCCUGAUUGCACCUCUUGAAUAAAAAAAUCUUAACUAAA